CGCUGGUUUUGGUGUGAUUUUGGGCUCGAACAAAUGUGAGGUAGCUUAAAAGUCGAACGGCUUUCGGGGAUUUGAUGCCAUUCUUGUAGGUGGUGAGAGUUGUUUUGCUCUUAAACUUGAGAGGUUUGGAGUUUUCUAGGAAAAAUCAGUCGCUGCAACAAGAUUUAGGUCCUUUCUCUUUAGUUGGUGAGAGUUGUUUUCUUCUUAAAUGUGAAAGGCUCUUUUCUAGGAAAAUAUCAGUCGCCGCAACAACAUUCAGGAAUGCUGGGGCUGAGAGGAGUCACAACUAUCGUGCUGGUCGUGCUGUCAUUGGCAUAUCAGGGCAUCCGCCCUCCGCCGCCCAAAAUAUGUGGCUCUCCAGGUGGUCCACCCAUCACAGCGCCCCGAGUAAGGCUCAGAGAUCACCGAAACUUGGCCUAUAAGGAGCAGGGAGUACCAAGAGAAUUGGCCAAACACAAGAUCGUCUAUGUGCACGGCUCUGACUCCUGUAGGCAUGAUGCAGUGAUAGCAACUGAUGUUACCCCGGCAGUUCUCGAGGAAAUGAAGGUGUACAUCUUGUCAUUUGAUAGACCGGGAUAUGGAGAAAGCGACCCUGACCCGAAAAGGACACCAAAGAGUCUGGCUCUGGAUAUAGAAGAGCUUGCUGAUCAGUUGGGACUUGGAACCAAGUUCUAUGUAAUUGGUUAUUCCAUGGGAGGCCAGGCCAUUUGGGGUGUCCUCAAGUAUAUCCCCCACAGGUUAGCCGGAGUAGCUCUCAUUGCUCCCGUAAUCAACUACUGGUGGCCCGGGUUUCCCGCCAACUUAUCCUCAGAAGGCUACUACUUGCAGCCACCACAGGACCAGUGGGCACUCAGAGUGGCUCACCAUGCCCCUUGGCUCACCUACUGGUGGAACACCCAAAAGUGGUUCCCCGCAUCAAGCGUUGCUGCUCGUGCUCCCCACAUCAUGUCCCGUCAAGACAUGGAAAUCAUCCCCAGGAUGAUCGGGCGCCGAAAGGACGUGCCAAGGGUGAAUGCGAGGCUACAAGGAGAAGCCGAGUCCAUCCAUCGGGAUAUGAUGGUCGGUUUUGGGAGUUGGGAGUUUGAUCCUAUGGAAAUUGAGAACCCUUUCCCGAACAAGGAAGGAUCAGUGCAUCUGUGGCAAGGCGAUGAGGAUAGGCUAGUCCCCGUUUUGCUUCAACGGCACAUUGCGCAGAAGCUACCGUGGAUUGAGUACCACGAGCUACCCGGAGCCGGGCAUUUGCUCCCUUAUGCUGAUGGAAUGAGUGAAGCUAUUUUAAAGGCACUUAUAGUUGAUCAGAAGCAGAGUUGAUGUCGUAGUCAAGCUUUAUUUUUCCCUCCACCUUCUGUCUUUUCCAGAUGGUUUGCUCUUCCACUCGAGUGUGCUCUGUACCGAACCAUUUACAAUUAUUAUAGUUAUAAUAUAUUCCGAGUUUGUGCUA